CUCUCUCUCUCUCUCUCUCUCUCUCUCUCUGUGAUUUUCGUAGCAACCCUCUUCAGAUUUCGAAGAAAAUGCGUGAAAUUCUUCAUAUCCAAGGUGGCCAAUGCGGCAAUCAGAUCGGGGCCAAGUUCUGGGAAGUCGUAUGUGCUGAGCACGGCAUCGAUCCCACCGGAAGAUAUCAUGGGGAUUCCGAUAUUCAACUCGAGAGAAUCAACGUCUAUUACAACGAAGCAAGCUGUGGGAGGUAUGUUCCUCGUGGUGUUCUGAUGGAUCUUGAGCCAGGAACCAUGGACAGCAUCCGAUCAGGACCCUAUGGUCAGAUCUUCCGACCUGAUAACUUCGUCUUCGGCCAAUCGGGUGCUGGGAACAACUGGGCCAAAGGGCAUUACACCGAGGGUGCGGAGCUGAUCGAUUCGGUCCUUGAUGUCGUCCGGAAAGAGGCAGAAAACUGCGACUGCUUGCAGGGUUUCCAGGUCUGUCAUUCCUUAGGUGGAGGGACGGGCUCCGGCAUGGGGACGCUUUUGAUAUCGAAGAUCAGGGAAGAAUAUCCUGAUCGGAUGAUGCUCACCUUCUCUGUUUUCCCCUCUCCAAAAGUCUCUGAUACAGUCGUUGAGCCUUACAACGCAACGCUGUCUGUCCAUCAGCUGGUUGAGAACGCCGAUGAGUGCAUGGUCCUUGAUAAUGAAGCUCUCUAUGACAUCUGCUUCAGGACUCUCAAGCUUACUACACCCAGCUUUGGGGAUCUGAACCAUCUGAUAUCUGCCACAAUGUCCGGAGUGACCUGCUGCCUCAGGUUCCCAGGCCAGCUCAACUCCGACCUCCGAAAGCUUGCUGUCAACCUCAUCCCCUUCCCCCGCCUGCAUUUCUUCAUGGUGGGCUUUGCUCCUCUAACAUCCCAUGGGUCCCAGCAGUACCGGCAACUGACGGUGCCUGAACUGACCCAACAGAUGUGGGACUCCAAGAACAUGAUGUGUGCUGCUGAUCCACGUCAUGGACGGUACCUUACUGCAUCGGCUGUGUUUCGUGGCAAAAUGAGUACAAAGGAAGUUGAUGAGCAGAUGAUUAAUGUGCAGAACAAGAAUUCCUCCUACUUUGUGGAAUGGAUCCCCAACAAUGUUAAAUCCACAGUCUGUGACAUUCCGCCCACGGGCCUGAAGAUGGCGUCGACAUUCAUUGGGAACUCGACAUCGAUCCAGGAGAUGUUUGGACGGGUGAGCGAGCAAUUCACAGCCAUGUUCAGGAGGAAGGCGUUCUUGCAUUGGUACACGGGUGAGGGGAUGGAUGAGAUGGAGUUUACAGAGGCAGAGAGUAACAUGAAUGAUUUGGUUUCAGAGUAUCAGCAGUAUCAGGAUGCGACGGCAGAUGAGGAGGGAGAAUAUGAGGAUGAGGAAGUUGAAGAAGAUAUGUGAUGGUUGUCAUGCAAUCAUCUGAUACUGCAACUUCCAGUUGCUCGGUCGCCAGAGGUGGCUGAAUAUCAUCGUGGGAGAUGUAGGUGUUCUUUCUUUUCAGUUUACAUGUUUGGAUAGUGGAAUCCAAGGCAAAAAGAAAAGAAAACACAAAUUAUCCAAUUAUGAGUUUCAGUUUUAUGUUCA